GACAAGCACUUGUAUUCGCCGGUCAGCACUCGACUGUAAAGAUAGAAAGAGAAUGGCGACGGAAGGGUUUACAAAUUCCUCUCAAUUCGGGGAUGGAUCCUCGACCCCUAAAUCUGCAAUUUUUAUUGUUGUUGGAGAACCCUCAACGGAUGCACAUAGGGAUUUGAUUUUGGCCGAGAUAACAAAAGGUUUUAAAGGCUGGGACAAAGAGGUGACAGAAGUGGAUAUUAACGAUGAAUUAUCACAAAUUGCAAAUAGAGCUUCCCUUGGAGAGGAAGGGCCUAAUGCACAAUCCAAGGGAGGAGAGAGGCUUAUUCGACACAGUUCAGACAAUGUUGCCGUGGAGAUUCUUAUCAAUCCACAGACACAGAGUGUUACCAAUUCCUUAAAGAGCUUCCUUAUUUUACCAGUCCAACAUAAAUUCCUGCUGUUUGCUGGUCAUGCUUUCCAGGGAUCAGGUGAUUGGGUUUUACAGGAUGGCGUCUUCACAUUCAAGAAACUGACACAUAUUCUUAAUGAUACAGAAGUUGAAACAGCCCUGAAGCAACAGCAAGCAACGACGCUGACAAUGUACUGUUCAGCUGUCGGUGAUUGGAAUAGUAAUAUUUCCAAACAAGAAGCUUCGAAAGUAAUUACACUCAAUGUCAAUCCACCAGAGAAGUUGGAUAGCAUGCAUGGUGUUUUACAAUUCACAACCUACAUUGGAAGCUUUGUUAAAACUAGUAAUUUAACCGAUAUCUUGCCAGCUUCUGAUGUUAUUGGUAACAUUGGAUUUAAUAAACCUACUUUGUACAUAUUUCCUGGAUGCCAAGGAGAUUCUGCUCUCUUUGGAAUCAAGGGCUUUAAUUUGUUAGUUAACGCAGGUUUCAAUAGGAAGGCCUGUUUCUGGGACUUCACCCGUCAUUUAGAUAGAAUUGAUGCUGUCUUGCUCACCCAUUUAGGUACAGAUAAUUUAUUUGGUAUUAGUUCAGUAUUAAAACGAAAAUGUCUUGAAAGUGCCCAUCCUGAAAUAGGUUAUAUUUAUAUGAAUGCAAUUGAUCAAACUAAACCAAAUGGUAAUCCUAAAGAACCAAGCUUGUUGAUUAAUUUGGCCGAUGAGGGUAAUGAUAUUAUUGAAAUGUCGAAACAGUUAGGCGUAGUUCCACAUCCUUGUGUACGUGGUGAGAAAGCCCCUACACUUGAACCUGUAAAUUUAUACCAUAAAGUUGGCCACGGUUCACUAGACAUGUACAUACUCAAUCCAGUCCAAGAUAGUAAAGAACUAAAGGAAUUCUACCAACAAUGGACCAAGAAAUCUGCACAGUUUGGCACACACCAAGGAUUCCCAAUGCCUAAUAUGUUCUCUAUUUGUGCAUUAUUGGUGUGGAAACCUACAAAUCCCGAUGAGAAGAUAACCAGAGUAUUGUUUCCAGGAAAUGCCCCACAGCACAAAAUAAUUGAAGGUUUAGAAAAAGUGAAAACUAUUGAUGUAUUUAAACACCCAGUGUGCACAGGUAAAGAUUUGUUAAAACCUGCAGCUGGAGCAAAGAAAGGAACAUCUGCUUCUUCAGCCUCUCGAGUAUCUGCAAGAUCAGCUCCGGCAAAGGCAGCUGCUCCUGUCAAGAAAGAAACUGCAACAAAAGCUUCACCGACAAAAACUACACCAAGAUCUUCUCCUCCUAAAGCAACUAAAAAGGAUGAUAGUCCACGAAAGUCUCCUGUAAAAACAAAAAAUGUAGACAAAGAAAAAUCCGACAAGUCUAAGUCUUCUGCUUCGUCUAGUCCAUCUAAAGGAUCAGCUUCCUCUACAUCUCCAGCUAAAAAUGUCACCCCAGCAAUCACACCUGUGGAACCAGUUGCCCCAGUUAUUGCAGAACCGGAACCAAUUAUAAAUCAUGUUCCAGAUACUGCAGCCUUAAUUCCAGAACUAGCUGCUGGUAUCAAUGGAUCUCCUGAACCUCUCCCCAGUCCAGAACAAUACAAUGCGGCACCACUUGCUGCAGAUGUCCAACAAACCAAUGAUUACAAUAAACAACAACUUGCUGAUCUGGGAAUAUAUGAUGAAGAUGAUGAUGUGGGAUCUAUGCCCAUUGAUACACUGUCUGCACAACAGCAACAGCAAGGAUCAUCAGUUGAUGAAACAGAAGAGGAGAUUCCACAGAACCUACCAGAGCCUGUUGCUGUACCCAUGCAAGCACCAGUUGAACCAGAUCUCAUUCAGGAAGCUGCACCAGAGAAGGAGGUGUGUACCGAAGUUGAAAAUAACGUACUUGAUGAUUCUAUACAAUCAGAGCCAGACCUAGUUCCUCAUGGCGAGAACCAGGAGUAUGGAGACCCAGCUGUGGAUAUCCCGUCUUCACCAGAGCCUAAUUUUGAGGAUCAUGACUAUCCUGCUAUUCCACCAGGUAGAACAGCUCCUCUGCCUUCUUUUUCAAAUGAACCUGAUAUUGUACCAUCAGCAGAGUCGGUACAGCAGAAUAUUCAAUAUGGCAUUACUGAUGAUGCUAGUUUGAGAAGUAUGGGAGGAAUCAGAGAGGAAGAUGAGGAAGAAGCAGAAAGAGAAGAUCCCCAAAAUCAAGAUAAUGGCAUGGCACCACAGACCAUGGAAGAUCUUGGUAUUUAUGAGGAUGAUGAGGGUAGUCAAGAUGGUAAUGAUAAAGGGGAUCCGUCAUCUUUUGUUUAUGAAAAGGAUGUUGAUCUUGAAGAUGAAAAACGUGCUGCUGAUGUUAGAGAUGAAGGAAUCGAAAAUGACCAACAAGAAGAACUGGAUCAUCAGGAGGUAUCCAAUAUACCAGAGGCUUUUGAACGAGACCAUACUCCAUCUUUGGAAGAAACUGAAGCGGGUGAAGUAAAACAGAAUGGUAAUGGGGCACUUGCCACUCACGAUGAUGAAACAGAUUCUAUUGAUGGAGGAACCCCUGAGGUUGAAAAAGGUAUGUUAGAUAUGACAGGAAAAUUAGAAUCUCUACAAGAAGGAUUACCCAUUUCUCCUGCUGACCCAAACAAACCUUUCGAAUCUCUUGAAACAGAAGGCUUUAAUCCUUUCCAUGGCAUUGAUGGUGCUGCAUCUCAAAUUGUUGAUAAUGGUGCACAGAAGGUAGAAGAAUUUGAUCCGCUGAAACAAUGGGGUGAACCUAUGGGUUUACCUUCACCUCCCCCACCAGGUGCUGCUGCUACAGACAAAAAUGCAAAGCCAAAGCCCGCAGCUGCUAAGAAAACUGAUGUUAAAAAACCCUCUUCUGCUCCGGCCAAAAAGGCAACAUCAAGUGCUAGACCAUCUUCAGCCGCUAGUAAAACAAACGGUGUAGAUAAGAAAGCUGAUACAAAGAAGCCAGCUACCAGUGCAGCCGAUAAAAGGCCAGCUUCUAAAACAAGACCAGCAACAGCACCUGCUAAAACGGAAACCUCAAAGUUAGAUACAACAAAGACUAAAGCUGCCCCUGCCCGUAGACCUGCUACAGCAACUAGUCGAGCUUCUCCAGCUCCAGUCAAAUUACCUCCAUUACCCGCCCUCACACCUUUUUACGUAGAUCUUACAUAUGUUCCUAAUCAUGGAGAAUCCAACUAUUGUGAUGUAGAAUUUUUCAAACGUAUCAGAGCAAGACACUACGUGUUAAGCGCAUUGACUCCAAAUCCAGAAAUAUUAAAUGCAUUGUUGGAAGCCAAACCAACGUGGGACAACAAAGAUACAGAAGUAAUGGUUAUACCUACAUAUGAUAAUGAAACACUCAGACAUUGGAUGGGUUUGAACAAAGAAAAAUUAAGUCAGCUGAAGAUUGAUGUCGCGCCAUCCGCUAGUCGCUGUUUUAUUCAACUCCAGGACCACGAAGCCAACUGCUCUGCCUAUAGAUUAGAGUUCUAAAGCUUCUGGCUGUUAUAUUAUGUACAUGUAAUGUGAACAUGGAUGUGAGCUAGGGUUCGCCAUUUCAGACUGCACUCAAAACAUUUCGUAGUACACUGUUACCAUUUAAGUUUGAAUAUUGUAACACUUAGAAGAGAGAAUCUUUUGCAUGGGUUUUUGUGCUGAAAAAUCUUGUCUUUCGUGGGAAAAAAAAAACAUAGAUACAUUGAAGAAUGAGCAAGUCAAGUCUGAAAUGGUGAAUGCUUAUAAUUAUUCGAGGUGAUUGAGAUAGUAAAGUCUGGUUGAUAUUCAGUGUGCUUCUUUUUCAAUAUAUUCUCCAAUUCUCCAAUCACUAUCAUGGACAAAACAUAUUGUAAAUGUAUUUAUCCUUAAAGAAUAAAAACUCGCAGUAUAAUUAAUACCUGUACAAAACGAUUUACCAAUAUGUCACUGAACCUGUUUUAUCUUAAAAUAUUCAGUGAUAGUUGUAAAAUACAUGUAACUAUAUGAUUGCUUUUUACCUGGAUUAGAUUUAUUUUCCUAAUUUUAAAUUUGAACAAACUUAGAUGUAUUUUGUAGUCGUAUGAUCAUAAUUAACAAAUAUAUAGUUGAGUUCAGUUUGAUAUUUGAUAAUGCGUCAGUAUCAGCUUUGUAGAUUGUAUAUCAAUUAACUGUGAACUUGGUUGUUCAUCCUCAAAGUGCCCAAAAUUAGGAUAGUGUGCAAUAAGAUUUUUAUACAAUGUCCGGUCCACUUUUCAUAAUUCUUUGUUGACAACAACAAAGCUCCAGCAAAGGUUUAUGUGACAUACGUUAUACACGGACAUUUUAGUGCAACCACCCCCUCUCCGUGAUUUGGACCAACUUACUAGUUUCUAGUAUAAAAUGAAAUCAAAUGGUUGUAAGGGGCGUGGUUACUGGUAUUGUAAUAUUAAAAUUAAAAACAAAAUGGAAUAAGUUUUUAUAAGUAUUAAGUAGUGUACAAGUUUGACUUUUUGACUGUGAUGGAAUUUUUCUUUAUCAUGCAUAUUGCUAUUGUAUCAUUUCACGAAUUUUUAAUGACAUUCUUUGAAUAUGUAUAGAUAUUUAUUGUAGUUAGAUAACAUUUUCAUUUUGAUAAUAAUCUCCCUCACAUUAUUAUGUUUAUGAACAUUAUUAAGCAAUUGUUUUCAUCUGACAUUUGCGCUGCCAAAUUGUCUUUCAAGGGUCAUUAGUUUUUCGUUCAUUUUGGUCUUUGCAAUGCCCUGUAACAGUUUAUAGAUUCGUUGAUACACAUAUUAAUAGAAAGCCCAUUUGAAAUAAUAUGGCUAAUGUCUUGGUAGCACAAUGUAUUGUAUAAAGGUGAUCUCGUUCAUCAUUUACUAGUGCUAGUAAUAAGUAGAUUUAAAAUUCAGUUGAACAAUAAACGACAGUUACGGAAAUUGGGACAUGUACAUGUCCAUCCUUUUGAUGGUACUGUUGAUAUUAAUCAUAAGAGAAAUUAGAAUUAAAUUUUUUGCUUUCUAGUUUCUGAACCCCAUUUUCUUAAUCUUCAAGUAAUUGAAUUUCUAAGAUGCUAGUUGUCAAUUUUAAGGCAUUUAAUUGAAGUAAAACAGGCAUACAACAAAAUAUGUAUGUAAACCCAUUUUUAAUAUUAACUUUCAAUUAACAUACCUUAUAAUUGGUAUAGAAGGGAGAUUUUUACUUUUAUUUACGAUUGUAGUAUUUAUAUAAUUUUGAUUUACAAAAUAAAACUUCUGUGGAUUACGGUUUAUCUUUUUGUUUAGAGUGGUGAUACCUACUAGUAAUUUUAGAAUCUAGUAUUAAUUUAAUCUUAUUCUUUAUAAAUCCUGUGAUUUUAUUAUCCGGACUAUGUUUAUUUAUACCAAAUUGGCUAAGAAAUACAAUGUUUAUGAUCAGAUGGUGCUGUUUACUGUAAAAAAAACAAACCCAACAAUCCAAUUUCUGCGCAAGAAUAACGGUGUUUUGAGAAGCUUCGCCUAUAAGUGUGCAAAACAUAUAUUGGUGUGCUUCACAAUGAGCAAGAGUUGUUAAGUUAUUUAGUAACACUAUAUUAUUUGUCAUCUUCGUUUUUCGGAAUAAUUCAUGUUUCCCCCUCAUUGUACAUGUUGUAGAUUUUUUGUUUGUUUGUUUUACAAGUGUAUUUUUCUUUGUUAUUUUGAUACUUAUUGUGAAUUUAACUAAUUUUUUUUUUCUGAAUACAGCUUCUAAUGGCUGCCUUAUUGGUCUGUGGCCUUGUUUAUGUUUGCUCCCGAUCAAUGUUACGUUCAUAAAAUGCCACAAGAAAAUAAAUGCUUUUCACAAACGA